AAGUUUUAUAUAUAUAUGUAUAUAUAACUGCUAUGCUACAGGUAGAGCUUUAGCUGUGAUCAACUGCAGUUUAAAAAUAUGUGACUCUAUGCUAUUUACUCCCUCCCAAGAGAUCCAGGAAAAUAUUGAAGACACACCCUCCCCCCCAACUCAUGCUGUUGGAGGCAACUCAGGGAGGGAGGGGGUGGCUGCAGAAUUGGGUGGAACGAGACAGGCACUCACAGAUGAAAGGGGCUACCCAGUUCAGGCGGAUUAUUAGGUGGCUGGGGGAUGGGGCAUUUGCAAGGGGCUUUAGGGAGAGCUCACAGCAGCUGGUGAGCUGGGAUGAGGAUGCAACAGAAGAGAUCGGAACAGAAGCGAUAGACAGAGUGCAGAUAAAACACGAGUCCCAGAGGGCCCUAGCCAGCUGCAUCCCAGGCAAUCAGGAGCCCAGGCUUGGAGACCCCACCCCUGCCGUGACAUCACAGGAGAGUGGGGUGGAGACAAAUAAAAAGGGGGUCCCCCGCCCUGGCCCUGGACUCUUGGCAGCCAGAGUGUCAAGAGCAGAGAGAGCCUGGGCACUGGGCUGGGGUUGUCUGGCUUAAAGGAACAGGUUUCCCAUUCCUGGAGCCCCUCUGAGCUACCUGCUCCAGGCUUCCUGGCCCCGAGGACCUGUCUUUCCUGAGCUGCCAUUGGGCCCCUUCCCAGGGGCCCCUGAGCUCUCUGGCAGCAUGAACUGUGUAUCAGACUUCUUCACCUAUGAGACCACCAAGUCGGUGGUUGUGAAGAGCUGGACCAUCGGGAUCAUCAACCGAGCCGUGCAGCUUCUGAUCAUCUCCUACUUCGUGGGGUGGGUUUUCCUGCAUGAGAAGGCGUACCAGGUGCGGGACACUGCCAUCGAGUCCUCGGUGGUGACCAAGGUGAAGGGCUUCGGACGCUAUGCCAACAGAGUCAUGGACGUGUCUGAUUACGUGACCCCACCCCAGGGCACCUCUGUCUUUGUCAUCAUCACCAAGAUGAUCGUUACUGAAAACCAGAUGCAAGGGUUCUGCCCAGAGAACGAAGAGAAAUACCGCUGUGUGUCUGACAGCCAGUGCGGGCCCGAGCGCUUUCCUGGUGGGGGCAUCCUCACUGGCCGCUGUGUGAACUAUAGCGCUGACCUCCGGACCUGUGAGAUCCAGGGCUGGUGCCCCACCGAAGUGGACACGGUGGAAAGGCCCAUCAUGAUGGAAGCUGAGAACUUCACCAUUUUCAUCAAGAACAGCAUCCGCUUCCCUCUCUUCAACUUUGAGAAGGGGAACCUGCUUCCCAACCUGACAGCCAGGGACAUGAAGACGUGCCGCUUCCACCCAGACAAGGCCCCCUUCUGCCCCAUCCUACGGGUGGGGGAUGUGGUCAAGUUUGCGGGGCAGGAUUUUGCCAAACUGGCCAGCACGGGCGGCGUUCUGGGCAUCAAGAUCGGCUGGGUGUGUGACUUGGACAAGGCCUGGGACCAGUGCAUCCCCAAAUACUCCUUCACCCGGCUGGAUGGCGUUUCUGAGAAGAGCAGCGUCUCCCCAGGCUACAACUUCAGGUUUGCCAAGUAUUACAAGAUGGAGAACGGCAGUGAGUACCGCACCCUGCUCAAGGCGUUCGGCAUCCGCUUCGACGUGCUGGUGUACGGGAAUGCAGGCAAGUUCAACAUCAUCCCCACCAUCAUCAGCUCCGUGGCAGCCUUUACAUCCGUGGGAGUGGGAACUGUUCUCUGCGACAUCAUCCUGCUCAACUUCCUCAAGGGGGCCGACCAGUACAAAGCCAAGAAGUUCGAGGAAGUGAACGAGACAACGCUGAAGGUCACUGCCUCGGCCAACACCAUGGACCCCAGUGACCAGACCACGGAGGAGAAGCAGUCUACAGAUUCCGGAGCCUUCUCCAUUGGCCACUAGGGCCUUUGCCCAGAGCCCAGUACUCACCCAUGGGCUGCAGAUCUCCGACAGGGGAGCCCUUCCUGGGCAAGGUGGAUGGGGGGAGGGGGGCUGUCAUUUCUGUUGCCCAUUCCAUGAGGCCAUUGCCAGGACCCAGGCCAUGGGCCUCCCAUUGCUCCAGCAGACAGGUACUGCUCCCCACUAAGACCACACCCUCACCCCCGCUCCCCGCCUGCCUCUACCUGACCCAGAGCAGCAGCACCUGAGUCAUCCCCUUUCCAACAAGUAGAGAUCAUAAUAGUAGGGACAAGUGGCCACAAGGGCUACGUGCUACCGGGCACUUUCACAUGCACUAUCUCAUUUAAUCCUUAGAAUAAUCCCACAAGCUACAUACUCGUUUCCCUGUUUUGAAGGCUCAGAGAGACUGAGUCAUUUUCCCCAGGCCACACAGCCAGAGAGCAGGAUUCUGAACCCCAGGUCUGACUCCAUCGCCCACACCCACGAGAGAAUGAGCCCCCACCCUGGGAGAGGCGUGUGUCCCUGUGGCUCAGCUGCCCCCUGACCAGGUCCAUAGAGUAAGUCCCCAUUUUCCUAGGAACUCAGGUCACAGGUUAGGGGGCCUGUGGGGUUCUCAUCUAUGACUUGGGGAGGCGUGUUCCAAACCCAGAAGGAAACAAGAGGUGAAACUGAGUGAGUUUUUCCCUACCUCACCCCACAGCUCUGAACCCAAACCAGGGAAGGGGCCAUUCCUGUCCUCCUUCUGGGACCACACACAGACCUGGACCCCCUCGCUCCAGGAGCCAGCUCAGGACACCUCCGGGGUGGAAGGGGUUCCCCUGACUUAGGGUCCCGUCUUGGCUGGCUAUCCUCACCUAAAACAGUGGUGAAAAGGCACCAGGAGGCCCAGUGCCCUGCAAGCUGGUCAGCCAGGCCUGGUCCUCUCUGGGCACUAAGAAACUGGCCAGGCUGGAGCCCAAAGGGGCUUCCGAAACCAUCCUGUCCAGUGCUCCUGCUGCUGAUGAACAGACUGUAGCCAGACAGGGCAAAUGACUUGGCCACCGCCAGGGUGGGUGAAAUUGCACCAGGGCAGAGCUCAGGACACACCCAGGUUCUGUGAAACCUUAAGCAUAUUCAGUGUGUGUGUAUGAGGCGGGGAUGGGGGGGGAUAGCUUUCCAAAAGCAGUACAAAGCGAGGUGUUAGAAGGACACCCGCAAGUGAGUGCCCUGAGUGUUUCAUUAGCCUCACAGUGAACCGGCCUCUUGAAGAUCUGGCGUGUGGGCCCCACCUCGAGGUCUUAGCAGGAAUGAGCUUGCCCGUAGAUGGAGGGCUGGCCCCUCGGUGGGAGAUGCUGGGGGCUCAGAUACGGGCCCCACCCCAAUGACCCCCCAUCCUGGGGGAGAUGGGGUAAGACCCCCAGUCGAGGCCCCCUGCCCCUUCCUUCACCCACAGCCCCAUCCUCAGGACAGUGGGAUAGUGCCCCCCUCCGACCAGGGCCAGCCCCAGGAACUGAGCGGUGCUUGGAGGUCUGAUCAGACUUCAUUUCUCCAGCAGACAGAGGUAUCAGUGAAGGCAGCGCCACGUUCUCCACCCGGAGUUCCAGCUCUCAGGAGGCUGGACUGAGGCCGGCUCCCAGGGAUGCUCUCUGAGGGGGAUACGGAGAUGGCAGUGUCCUGGGAGGGACCCCAGGGCCUCCCCAGCCCCUAGACUGGGGUGGUCCUCCUGCCAGGCCGUCCUGAGCCUGCCAGCGCGUGUGUGUGAGCCUGGUGCCAUCCUCCGCAUGUCUGAACCCAGUUACUCUCCUGCGUACCAGACGCAAGGUUACUCUCAGUAGUAAUAACAGCAGCUCUCGUGUC